CUCCCAACGGUCACUUCAACACACCGUUCGAAAACCUUGCCCCUAUUUUAGCGCCCCAUCGCUUCCCUCCCUUCCCCAUCCUCAGUUUCGCCGGAAAAGUUUCACAUUGUCGGAUUCCUGCCAAAUUCCACUUCAUUUGGCCGGAAAUCACUCUCUCCUCCCAAAUUUCAUCCAAACUUUACUCUGAUUUUGUCCGAAAUCUCACUCUACCUCAAGUUCAUCGACCCCCAUUUCACCCGAAAUUUGUUUCUUUCUUCGAAUUCCGGCUCCAUUCCUCCAUAAAUCUCAGUCUAGAGCCAAAAUCCGGCAAAAUUUUGCCGCCAUUUCUCCUUGAAACCUCACUUUAUAGCCUUAUUCGGUCCAUUUCUCUCUCUAGAACUCCAUUUUUCUAGCGAAAUGGGUUUCAACAUCCCUGUAACUGCUAUUCUCUUUCUCUCUCUGAUAAUUUCAUGCUCUUCUCAGUCACCAUCAUCCAGCCCAUCCACUUCCCCUAAUCCCUCUCCAACUGUUCCGGCAAGUCAGCCGGUUUCCAGCAGCCCCAGAACUUCUCCGGGGAGUCCGCCAUCAGUUUCAGGCAGUCCAAAGACUUCUCCGGCCAGUCCACCAUCAAUUUCCGGCAGCCCGAAUACUUCUCCAGCAAGUCCCCCGUCAGUAUCGAGCAGCCCAAAAAUCUCUCCAGCGAACCCGCCAUCAUCUUCCAGCAGCCCAAAAAUCUCUCCAGCGAACCCGCCAUCAUCUUCCAGCAGCCCAAAAGUUUCUCCAGCAAGCCCUCCGCCAUCUUCUGGAAGCCCCAUUGUACCCCCAGCCAUUUCUCCAGCAAGCCCUCCGCCAUCUUCUGGAAGCCCCAUUGUCCCCCCAGCCAUUUCUCCAGCAAGCCCUCCGCCAACUCCUGGAAGCCAUACUGUUUCUCCCGCACCUUCUCCAGAAGCAUCUGGAAGCCCUACAGAGACCCCGGCCGCCUCUCCAGAAAGUUCCGAAAGCCCUGCUGCAUCUUCUCCGGCAAUGGGCCCCGCUGCUGCAGCCAGUCCCCCGAGCCCCUCUGAGGGAGUUUUGUCACCAGCGGAGUCACCAGUGAACGAGGAUAAAUCGGCUGCUGGCCACGGCCACGGCCACGGCCACGGCCCUGUGAUGGGGGGCUUGGUGGGCACUGUUUUGUGUAGUGUUAUUGUGGGGGUUUCUUUGGGUUUUUGAGGGCUACAUUUCUUUUUCCCCUUUUCUUUUCUGCUUUUCUUUUCUCUUUUGAGCAUGAGUUUUGUACUGUUUUUUUUUUCAUGUUUUGUGCUUCUCUCUCAUGCAUAUUGCGGUUCAUAUCAUUCAUUUAUUUACUAUAUAUAUAUAUAUUUCAUUAUUUUGGCAAGGGCCAAAUUUUUC